UUGCCUGACUUGGUUUGAAAGCUAUGAUUCUUGGACGGGCCUAGAAGAGGCAUUUUUUUAUUGUAAUUAUUAUUCGCCUAGCUGAUUCCUUUAUUGUAAGAUUUUUACAGAUUUUACCCAUUUAUAACUGGGUAUUUUACUGGAGUAUUUCGGGGGCACUACAGAAAUCAAGACUCGGAUCAGGGUGAAGUCCAGCUCCUUAACCACCUUAGUACCUGUUGCAUCUUUGUGCAUAAGGUGCUGGUUUUUGUACUCCGUCAUGGCGGUGGUCAUCCGUUUACAGGGACUCAGAAUCACCGCUGGUUCUGAGGAUAUUCGCACUUUCUUCACUGGCCUAAGAAUCCCUGACGGGGGGGUGCACAUUCUCGGUGGUGAGCUGGAGGAGGCUUUCAUUAUCUUUGAGUCUGACGAAGAUGCACGGCGGGCAAUGACUCGCUCUGGGGGGUGCAUCAAGGGGACUCCAGUCAACCUCCUGCUGAGCAGCAAGUCGGAAAUGCAGUGUGUCCUUGAGGCAAGGGCAAAAACAUCGGAAUCAAACAAAAGGAGGACUUAUAACGAGGGGUUGCAAAGGCAUGAGGUACACAUGAGAGCCCCAAGUUUCUCAGAGAGUUUUUUGGUAGAUGUCAAAAGAACAGAUGGCAUGGAAAUGGAUUCAAGAUCAAACACCUCUGCUUUGAGCAAUCGACGAGCUUAUCCCCCGAGGAAGACUCUGCCGUGUGACAAUAACGGCUUUUAUUUGCAUUUGCAGGGAUUGCCCUAUUCUGUAACAAAAGAUGAUGUGAGGGAGUUUUUUCAUGGGCUCAGGAUAAGCGGUAUUGUUCUAAUGAAGAACAACAAAGGCCAAAACAAUGGGAGGGGUAUUGUUAAGUUUGCAACACUGUAUGAUGCAAGUGAGGGUCUGAAAAGAGACCGUGAGUACAUUGGGACCCGGUUUGUAGAAAUUAAUCCAUGCACAGAAGCACAGUGGUUCAAAGCUGGGGGUUCGCCUGGACUAUGUGUGGACUCCAGGUCUGAGUUUAUCAGCAGGGACUCUCCCUCUAAUGAGGAGAGGAGGUACGGUGACAGUCGUACAAGGUCAAACUCUCCAGUGGCCUACAGGUCACGAUCAUCUUCCCCUUCUGCUGAAGAGUACUGUGUCCUUGUUGAGAACCUCUCUUAUACAGCAGAAAAGAGAGCUCUGAAGGAACUAUUUCAUCCUGUGGCUCUGAAGGAUGACCAGAUCAUAUAUCUCUGUGACAAGAGUGGAAGGAGGUCAAGAGCAUGUUUUGUGAUUUUCAGAAGCCUCAGAGACUACUGUGCUGGCCUGGCUCGCCACAAGGGCAUCUUCUGGAACCGAACAGUAUAUGUGUCUCCUGUUUCCAAGGAGAAAAUGCUGGAGAUGUUAGAAUCUACAAAACUGCAGAAUGAGGAUGAGCCUAAGAGGUCCAGUAAAUUAGCUGAAGAAUCAACGCAUUACUCAUUUGAUUCUGAAUCCCAGAAGACGUGCCUGUAUGUUCGGAAUUUGCCUUUCGAUGUACGUAAAGUGGAGAUCAUGGACUUUUUUCAUGGCUUUGGUAUUGCAGAGGACAGCGUGCACUUACUGCGAGACGAACGCGGAGUUGGACUCGGUGAGGCUUUGGUGACAUUCCAGUCUGAGGACGAGGUGCUGAGGGCAGAGCAUCUAAACGGGGAAAGGUUUCUUGGUACGGAAGUCAUGCUUAAAGCAAUCACAAGGACACAGAUGGAGCAGUUUCACAUUCCAGACCUUCCAAGGAAGAGCCAGGAUGAGUUGUACAGGGAGAGGAGCUCGGAGAGGUAUGCUGCAAAACAGGGGGAGAUGUUUCAGUUUUCACAGGAUGGAGGGUAUUUCAGCGUCUGCUUUGAAACCCGAACCUCUUCACAUGACUCGCUGGGUGGCUCGCAUGGAAGUAGCCAUAGCAGCAGUCGUCCAAAUUUGGUCGGCGACAGUCACGGUACACAUGAUGGCAGAGGGGAUGGGUCGGUUCGCAGGAAGCUUGGUAACUUCAGGCAGCAGUUUGAUGGCCCCACUUGCCUGAAGUUGGUGAACUUGCCUCCAAAAAUUACCAUUGAGGAGAUUUAUGACUUUUGUUAUGGAUACAGAGUGAUACCAGGGUCCGUUUCACUGCAGUGCAAUAAGAAUGGGAUUCCGAAAGGCACGGCGACAGCUGUUUUUGAGACGCGUCGGGAAGCCCAAACUGCAGUGGAAGAAUUAAGCGGAAGACCCAUUGGUAACAGAAAAGUAAAGCUGCUCUUUAUUUGAAUCUCAGUGCACUCUGACUAAAGUGGAUUUAUUUUUGUUAUACGAACAGUUUUUGGACUGUUCUGCAUGAUCCGCAACAAAUAAGUAAAUUGCCAUUCUUAGAUCGUAAGUUUACACAAACUUAAGCCCCUCUACUUUUGGUAGUAUUUCUUUGUAUGAUAUCACUUGUUGACUCUGUUAUAUAUUUACAUUCAUUAAUUUAGCUGAUACUUUUCUCCAAAGCGACUUA